GAGAGGAGAGGAGAGGAGAGGAGAAGAGGGACAAGGGCAUCUAACUAAGCCCUAACCUCUCAUUUGCUUUCAUGAAUUUUAUCAAAUGUUAAAACCCUCGACCUCUUCUCAUCUGCCCAGAUAUACAGUGUAAUUCGUUACACAGCUAUUGUGUUUUACUUAUAUAUAUCUGUACAAGGAAAAACAUGAGUGGUCCGCCCGGCCUGCCGCCUCCGAGGCGCAACAGUAUGGUUCAAAAGCGAAACCCCACCAUGAAGAAGUCCUCAGCGCCGCCGCCUCCGGAGAACGGCUCCGCCACCAAUGGAACCAACCCCAAACCUUCCUCCCCUUCUCAAUCACCUGUUGCAGGGGAGAGGACAGUGAAGAAUCUGAGGUUGUCUAAGGCACUUACAAUUCCAGAGGGAACCACUGUGUCGGAUGCCUGUAGGAGGAUGGCGGCAAGGCGUGUUGAUGCUGUUCUUCUGACUGAUGCCAAUGCCUUGCUUUCGGGAAUUGUUACUGACAAGGACAUAACAACCAGGGUCAUAGCUGAGGAGUUGAGGCCAGAUCAGACAACAAUUUCGAAAGUAAUGACAAGAAACCCAAUUUUUGUGAAUUCAGAUUCAUUAGCUAUUGAUGCUUUGCAAAAGAUGGUCCAAGGAAAAUUCCGGCACCUUCCUGUGGUUGAGAAUGGUGAAGUUAUAGCACUAUUAGAUAUUACAAAGUGUCUGUAUGAUGCCAUAUCAAGAAUGGAGAAGGCUGCCGAGCAGGGGAGUGCAAUUGCAGCGGCAGUUGAAGGGGUUGAACGUCAACUUGGAAAUAAUUUUUCUGCACCAUUGGCUUUUAUAGAAACACUUAGGGAACGCAUGUUCAAGCCUUCAUUGUCUACGAUCAUUUCUGAGACUUCUAGGGUUGCAACUGUUUCACCUUCAGAUCCUGUUUAUGUUGCUGCUAAAAGAAUGCGUGAAUUACGGGUCAAUUCGGUUCUUAUUAUUACAGGAAGCAACAUCCAGGGGAUACUCACUUCAAAAGAUAUACUCAUGCGAGUUGUGGCCCAAAACCUCUCUCCUGAGCUGACGCUUGUUGAAAAGGUUAUGACACCUAGCCCUGAAUGUGCGAAGCUGGAGACAACUAUUCUUGAAGCAUUGCACAUAAUGCAUGAUGGAAAGUUUUUACAUCUUCCAGUCGUAGACAAAGAUGGUGGUGUUGCUGCCUGUCUCGAUGUUUUGCAGAUAACUCACGCAGCAAUUUCUAUGGUUGAGAGUAGCUCUGGCACUGUUAAUGAUGUUGCAAAUACAGUCAUGCAAAAUUUCUGGGAUUCAGCUCUUAAUUUGGAAGCCCCUGAUGAUUAUGACACUCACAGCGAAAUGUCUAUGUCCCAUCCUUCAGAUGCUACCGAACAUGCAAAGUCUGCAUACCCAAAUCUCGGCCUUGGAAACUCAUUUUCUUUCAAAUUCAAGGACCACAAAGGGCGUGUCCACCGAUUUAGUUUCGGCACCGAAAAUCUAGCCGAACUAGUCUCUGCUGUUAUGCAACGAGUGGGUACACACAGUGAUCAGCACCCCCCUCAACUUUUGUACGAAGAUGAUGAAGGUGAUAAAGUCCUGCUGACGACAGAUGGAGAUCUUAUUGGUGCCAUAACCCAUGCAAGAUCUGCCGGACAAAAGGUAUUGAGGUUACAUUUAGAUUACCACGAUUCAAAUCUUGAAAAAGAGCAGCCAUUGGCUGAAAAGAUCGAGAUUGUUGAGAAAACUGGGACUGCCUCUAUACGUUACGGGAUAUUUGCAGGUGCACUCGUUCUCACAGGCUUUGGUGUGUUGGUCUACUUGAAGCGCACAAGAACUUGAUAUGCCUUGCAUAGGUAUAUUAUUUGUUUUGAGCAACAGAAAAUUUGGAAUAAUACUUUUGUUGCAAAUAUUCUACUAAGUAUGAUGAAUCCCUGUGUGACCUCAAAUUUUCGAAAGUUUUGUGAAAAUCUGGAACCAUCUGUAGCAUUGGGACCUUAAAUGGUGAAAAAUGAGGUUAAGGGAAAUUGGAGAGGCAAACAGAAAGGAAAAUAAUGCAGGACCUUAAAGCUGGCCAAACUUUGAUAUGAUCUUUGUGUUCUUUCUUGUCUGAUUUUACCAUAGAAAUGUUGUCACUGUAUAGUGAAUGUAUCUUCAAUUUCUUAUUGCAGGUGUGUAUCUUGUGAGUAUGUGAUUAAUCCAAUCAUAAUU